ACUCCCGCGAAACGUUAGCACAACAGCGGCAAGAAAAACGCGAAUCUUUCGCUAAUUUUCGCAACCUUCGUCACCGGGAGCUGAGCUCAAUGUCCAGGCGAAAGCCUAGUGUACCGAGGAAGCUGGGCCUUGCUGGGGGUUAUGAUCUCACCAGCAUCAAACAAGAGCCGUAUGAUCCCACCUUCGAUAGGUCAGAGGUCAGCAGUGAGGUAACAGCCACCAGUCCAGAGUCAUGUGAUACAAGCCCAAUCAGGACAAGCAUAUCUAUCAAACAGGAGGCAACUGACCCCAUCCUGCAAGGUUCAGAGGUCACCACUAUCAAACAAGAGGUAUGUGACCCCAUCCUGCAAGGUUCGGAGGUCACCACUAUCAAAAAAGAGGUUUGUGACCCCAUCCUGCAAGGUUCAGAGAUCACCACAAUCAAACAAGAAGCAAGUGACCCCAUCAAGCAAAGUUCAGAGGUCACCCCUAUCAAACAAGAGGCAUGUGACCCCAUCCUGCAAGGUUCAGAGGUCACCACAAUCAAACAAGAAGCAAGUGACCCUGUCCUGCAAGGUUCAGAGGUCACCCAGGAGACAUGUGACCCCAUGCCACAAACUUCAAAGGUCACCCCUACCAAACAAGAGACAUCUGACCCCACAAAACAGAGUUCACAGUUCACACGUGUAGUACAAGAGCCACAACCACUACAGGGUGGUCCUACGACCUCUCGACAAGCUACAGUUGCAAGCACAAACAUAAGUGAGGCUACAAAUUCAGACAACAGGCCUGAAUUUGUUUGGCACGCAGAUAAGAACACGGUGGUCAUGACAAGACGUACUAGUACAUGUAAGAAUAACCCUACCGUACUGCCUACAGCUCAGGGGUGCACAGUUAAAGAAGUUUCUCUGGGCAGCUUACAAGUGAUGGAAAUACUUCCAGUUGAGGAAAAUCUUUCAUCUCAUGAAAUCAAUAGAGUAAGGACUGAUGAUAGUGAUAGAGCGCAGAAAUCAAUGGCAGAAGUGUCUAACCAGCAAGACUUUUAUACGUGUGAUGUUUGCCAGGCUACAUCUGUCACACAGGGAAGUUUGAAGCGUCACAUGAAAAUGCACAUGCGAGAGAUGAAAAAGUUGAAGGCUGAAAACGCAGAGCAACUGGCCGACACAAGAAAGGAAGCUCUGGCAGGCUUUGCCAAGAUGUACCCCUUCCAGUGUAAGAUUUGUGGGGAACGUUUCCAGUCAGUACGCAGCCUUGGAGUCCACCAGGGACACAAACACCGGCGUUACAUUAUACUAACAAAUACCAAAGAAGUCACUAAUGGUCCUCCAGAGAAUAAUUCUGCAUCCUUUGAAAGCAAGCAACCAGGAGAUGAAGAUGAUACAAAAAGGAAUAUUGACAGUGAUUUGGUGCAGAAAUCAGUCACUCAAAUGUGUAAGGAGAAAGAUGCAGGUGGCUAUCGCUGUUUUUUUUGUGGCGGGAAUUUUGUCAACAAGAGGGGGUUAGCUCGUCAUCUCGCAACGCACAAGUCUCAACAGUGCACGACAUGUAAAGGAACAGUCAUGUCCGAGAAAGAGGCAAGGAUCCACCAAAUAAUGCACCGUUACAAACACAUACAACCAAAGACAACAAAUGGGCAAAAGGAGCAACUCGCAAGGACUAAAUUAAGCGACAGGGCUCUUGGGUCAGGACCAAGCCAGUCGGCCAAUGCAGCCAUUACAGAUGUGAAGAGUAUGGCUGCCUCCAAGUCCAAGGGCGAUCGGUUCUUACACACGUGUGACGUUUGCAAGGCUACUUUCAUGACGAAGCACAACCUGCACUGCCACAUGCGAAUCCACGUGCGAGAAAUGAAGAAGCUGAAGGCAGAGAACGCGGACCAGCUGGCCGACACGCGGAGGGAGGCUAUCUCGGGCUUUGCCAGGAUGUACCCCUUCCAGUGUGACCUGUGUGGGGAACGUUUCCAGUCCAAGCACGGCAGCGAAACCCACAAGGUGGUCAGGCACUACCAGCACUACACUACAGCAAACACAAAGAAAGUCCCGACUGUUGGCAUCAUCCCAAAAGGCAGUCUGACGAGAGGGCCGUACAACAAAAGGCACAGGUUCAUUAGCGUGGAAGGAGGGAGGAUGGUCGUGUCCAGCAAGGGGUACAAGGACAUGUCUAGUAAAGAGCUCUGACAGCCUGCAGUGUAGUUAUAUAUACAUGUACAUGUACAUGUAUGUACAUGUAUGUAUUUACGUAAUUACUAUUGUCACAGUGGUAAUGGC